CAAAUGGUUACUAUAUGGAGCUGCCAUCCAAAAUCAAGAGUAGCAGCCUUUACGUGUUCUAAGAGAUGGGAUCUCUUUUCAUUUUCUUCAUCUUCUCACUUGUUCUGUUUGCGAGCGGUCUCCAUGUUCAUGCCAGACCAAACCCGCAGUCACUGUCCAUGGCUAAGAGCAACGCCGCCAGUUGUCACACACCGACGAAAGUCAUAGCCGAUGAUUCUGCAAAGAGGGGGCCUUUCGUGAGAGAUUUUGAGCCAAUACCUAAUGCAUCAGCGUACGGCGACGAAACUAAAUUAACAACACAGAAAUCUUCCACAUCAGGAGAGCCUUUUGUGAGAGAUUUUGAGCCAAUACCCAACGCAUCAGUGUACGGCGACGACGCUAAACUAAUGGCACAGAAAUCUCCCACAUCGGAAGAGCCUUUCGUGAGAGAUUUUGAGCCAAUACCCGAUGCAACGGUGUACGGCGACGACGUUAAACUAACAGCACAUAAAUCUCCCAUAUUGGAAAAGUCUUUUGUGAGAUAUUUUGAGCCAAUACCCGAUUUAACGGUGUACGGCGACGACGUUAAACUAACAGCACAUAAAUCUCCCAUAUUGGAAAAGCCUUUUGUGAGAGAUUUUGAGCCAAUACCCAAUGCAUCGGUGUACGACAAUGACGUUGAUGUUAAGGGUCAGACAGACAUCAAGCACACUAGUCUAAGGAAAAAAAUAAUUAUUAGAUAUUUUCAAGCAUAGCCGUCGAGCGAUGCUCUUUAGAUGGACUAUCAUCAAAUGUAAGUUGAUGUUAAGGGUCUGUGUUAUUAUGCUAUAAGUCUACUAUAUAUGAUGGUUUGUGUUAUUGUGCUAUAAGUCUAGUAUGAUUGUGGAUUGAAUCAUCCUUGUUGCUAGAAGUAAGUUUUUGUGAUGUUUAUUGAAUAAAAAUCAUGUUUAAUUUACUUUU